AUGGAAUCAUCAACACAAAAAAACUCACUAGUUUCUCACUUUAGCCAUCCACAUCUUCUGCAACACACAACCACACCCUCUACAAAAAACAUAACCUGUUCAGGUUGCAACCAAACAAUCACACAUGAGCAACAUUACUACACCUGCAAAACAUGUCCAUUCUAUCUCCACAGCGUUUGUUACAAAACACCCUUAAUCACAAACCAUCCUUCGCAUCCAAAUCACGACCUCUUCCUCCUCGUAAUACCUUCAUCGGCCGCUACGAAAUCCACCUUCCACUGUAUGGCGUGUAAGCAACACGCCACUGGCUUCUGCUACCACUGCGCUGAAUGCAACAUCUUCUUUCAUUCUAUAUGUAUCACACUUCCUCUCUCAGUUUCUAUCGCGCAACAUCCACACAAAAUUAAGCUUGAGUUUGCUCCACCUUAUGAUUUCUUCUGUGAUCUAUGCGAUAAACCAAGUUACAAAGGGUGGCUCUAUAGGUGCAACAUGUGUGAAUUUGACAUACAUAUAGCUUGUGCAGUCAAGAAUAUUGGUGGUGGAGUUAGAAUUGAUGGUGCGGUUUCUGGAUGGAAUAAGAAAUUGUUUAGUCCAUUGAAAAAACAUAGUACAAGCAAUGGAAAAAAAGCUAUGAUUGUUGAACUUGGAUUGCAAGAAACAGAAGAAAUUACAACUACUCAUUCUAUUUCCUUAGAAAUUUUGGAAGGAAAAACUCCACUUCGCGAUAAAAUGACUCCUCUUUCUGAUGAUACAAGUCCACCAUUAUCAAGUAACCAAUUUAGCGACUCGUAUUUUUCAAUAGAUUUGAAUAAGUCUUAUUCGACAAAUCAUGACCGUAGAGGUCAGGUACGAAAAGAAGUUAAUAAUGAUUAUAUUAGCCAAAGUGUUGUAUCGAGCAAUUCAGGGCAAGGUGAUGAAGAAACAAACAAUGUAGUUAAUUAUUGGCUAAAAAAUCAUUCACAGAAGGAUAAGGUGAAUGCAGCAUUUGAAGAUUCAAGUCAAAAAGUUUUAGUGAAAAAUCCUAAAGAAAGAUUGGCUAAAUGGUCUGUUAAAGAUCAAACAACAAGUAGAGAUGAGGCAGAAAAGAAGAGCCAUUCAGGUUGGAAGAAGUUGCUAACUUGUUGCCUUUAG